GCCCAAUUAAGCCCACUGUGCCAUGGGCCACUUCACCCUGGGCAGGGGCUGCUCCCGUCUGGCCAGGCCUGCUGCAUCAUGCUGCGGGGAAGGAAGCUGCUCCAACCCAGCCUGACUGCCAGUGUGAUUCUUACUGGGUAAUUGCCUUUAGGAUAAGGACCAAGAGACCAUUUACACGCACUUCUUCGGUGCUUGGACUAACAAGUUCAGAGAGAAGAUUCUUGCUUCUUUUGUCACCAACUUGAUUAUCACAAGACUUAACUGCCAUUGGGAAAAGCUCGCAACAGAAGAAAAACCUUUCCACUUCUAAGCCGUUACACAGUAGUUGAGUUAAGGUACUUUCUACGUGGAGGCUCUAUAGUACAGAUUUGGAAUUUUGCUGCUUGCUCUCGUCCUCUGUGUUCAGGCUCAGACUGUAAACAAUGAGUGAGUUCUGGUUGUGUUUCAACUGCUGUAUUGCAGAACAGCCCCAGCCUAAAAGGCGACGGCGGAUUGACCGAAGUAUGAUUGGAGAGCCAACAAACUUUGUUCACACAGCUCAUGUAGGAUCAGGAGACUUAUUCAGUGGAAUGAAUUCAGUGAGUUCAAUUCAGAACCAAAUGCAGUCCAAGGGAGGCUAUGGAGGUGGCAUGUCUGCAAAUGUUCAGAUGCAACUUGUAGAUACAAAGGCAGGAUAACCUUGGGAAAACGUUUCCAGUUCUUGUGAAUUUCUGCAUCUUCCUUCUUGUAUCAUUCCCCUCCCCGCCCCCUUAGCCCUGGUGACUGCUUUCUGUAUUCAUGAGAAGAGAGAAGUGAUGGCUCAGUGUUCACCCCUUGUGAUGAUUAUUCCAGUGAAAGUUGCUGUUCUACUCUGAAGAUGUCAUUUGUCAGAUUGAUUCUACCGUGCCUUUCAGUGGCAUGCACACAUCUGGCCUCUAUCAAAACCAUGGACAUAUAGCUAUUUAGGAUUUGGGGAGUUUUGUUUAGGGUUUUUUUUUCUUCUUUUUUACAUUCUUCAAUAUUAAGCAAAUUAAUGCUCCAAUUUUAGCUUGGUCAUAUUUUUUCCCACCCUUCUUAAAGUGCUCAUGCACAGCAUUCUUCUUUUGCUGGGUAUCUCAUUCUCUCCCUCACCCUCUCCCCCUUCUAAUUUAGAAGUGAGUGGGUUUGUAUUAAUGUUUUAAAUCUGUCAUUCUUUAUCUGUGUUUUUGAAAGGUCUGGGACCUGCAAGCACAAUGAUCAUUUCAUACAUUUAAAAAUCAGCAGAGUAGAUGACCGCAUGCUUUGUGAAGUUGCUUGUAUGGUGGCUUCUUUGGUGCCAGAAAAAAAUUUUUUGUUACUGCGGACUCUGUUGCUGAUGAAAAGUUUAGCUGUGGCCUGGAUCGUGCCAGGUUCUGGAGAAGGACUUCUAACUUAGCUGCUUCAGAGUUAUGUCUUAAGUUUUCAUCCAACUGGUCUUGAAAUAAUAAAGAGCAAGCUUGCAUUCAUAAGGCAUUUUGUUGUAAAUGUUUAGUAUAUUUAUUUUGAAAGAGCUGACCUCGAGAUUGUAAACCAGUGUAGUACCGUAUCUAAGUGUCGUGGUAGCGCUUUUUGUCUGUUUUAAAAAAGCAUCAUCAUGUUUGGCUGCUUUUGUUUUCUUUUUCCUUUUUAAAUUUUGCUUAAUUUUUAGGCUAUAUGAUCAUUUCCAGUAGCAGCAUGUCAAACUGCCUGCGGUAUUAGCUGAAGUUUAGUAGACCUCUCUAAGUAGUUGGCAGUUUCUGUGUACUAAAUAUUUAGGGGCCAUGUAAGUUGCUAAGAGCAACAUACUGAUCUGGCAGAACAGAUGCCAGGGAAACAACAUACAGGGUGACUUCUUACUAUGUCAGUAAGAAGCCUUUUGCUCAGGUUCCAAAGCAUGUUCCUCUUUCACAUGUUGUGAAAAUUGUAUUUUAAUAUUGCACUGUACUCAGAUAUUUCUGUAAAUGGUCCUUUCCUUUUUUUCCCUUCUUGUUGGUGAUAUGAAACAGAAGUCAAUGGUUUGAAUCCCAGCUGAGUUAAAAAAAUUAAGUGAAAAAUCAUCCUCAUCCUACAUCAACAUUUUAACUAGAAAUGGGGCAUAACUGAGCCUUAUCAGAGAAAGCUAAAAUAUAUAUAUAUGUGUGUGUGUGUGUAUGUAAAAACCUAAAUGUGAUACACUUAAUUACUAUUCUCUCAUCCUAGCCCCGCUCCUACGUCCCAUUUUAUGUUGACCCCCAAUUGGCAUACAUAUCUGCUUUUUUCCCUGGUACUAAACAAAAAAGUCAUGUUCUCACAAAUAUUACUGGACAGUAAGGCCAUUGACUCUCUUCAUGAGUAGUAAACUUGUAAUCCAAUUGUAGAUGUAAAUUAUCUGGUUGAAUAGUUCCAGUAAACUUGGAUCAUCUUCAUUGAUAGAGGUACUGAUUCAUGAUGGCACAGGAUUGAGAUGUUCAGUUGUCUGGGAUGCAAAAACACAUGACAACAUGGUGAUGUGGGGUCCUCAUUUCAAAUGAAUCCUUAUCAAUAGGCCUUUAAAUAUUCUAGGGUUACAAAAUGAUUUUCACUUUUUGUCAUCACUUAUUGAGAAUUCAUUUUAAUGAGCAGGUUUCCUUGCACUUGUCAAAUGUCUUCAGCUCAGUAGCCAGAAAAAAAUUGACAUAUUUUUAUAACAAACAUACUUUUUUUGUACAUUGUGUUCAUCCUUGAAUAAAGUCAGUUCAGUGUUGACUUGUAGAUAUUAAAAGGAAAGUAUUGACUUUGAUUCAAUAAAUGUUUUCUUUCA